GCCAUGAGAGCUCACAUCGAUGUGAUUCCCUGCAAGAUCUGCGGGGACAAAUCCUCCGGGAUCCACUACGGGGUCAUCACCUGCGAGGGCUGCAAGGGUUUCUUCCGGCGCAGCGAGCGGCGCGGGCCGAGCCUGGCGUGCAGCCGCGGGCAGCGCUGCGACAUCGACCGCGCCACCCGCACGCGCUGCCAGCACUGCCGCCUGCAGAAGUGCCUGAGCCUCGGCAUGUCCCGCCACGCCGUCAAGUUCGGCCGCAUGUCCAAGCAGCAGCGGGACCGGCUCCAGGCAGAGGUGCGGGAACAGCUGCGAAAGCGGGAACAGCUGGAACAGCUGGAAAACCGGGAACAGCUGGAAAAACGGGAACAGCUGGAACAGCUGGAAAAACGGGAACAGCUGGAAAACCGGGAAAACCGGGAACAGCUGGAACCGCUGGAAAAACGGGAACAGCUGGAAAAACGGGAAGAGCGGGAAAACGGGGAACAGCUGGAACAGCUGGAACAGCCGGAAACACGGGAAAAACGGGAAAAAACGGGAGGAGCAGGGUCCCCCGCAGCCCCCCCCGGCGGGCCGCUGUCCCCCGCUGUCCCCCGCUGUCCCCGCGGGGUGUCCCAGCCAGGCGUGGCCCGCGGAGGAGGCGACAAAGCGGGGACGGGACGGGGACAGGGCGGGGACAGCGGGGACAGCGCCAGCUCCUCACCCCGGUACCGGCGGCGUCCCGGAGUCACCCGCGGGACUGGAGAUCGAGCUGCUGACGCAGAGUGUCCUGCUGUCACACCGUGCCACCUCUGUGUCCCCUCAGAGCUGCUGACACAGAAGCUGCUGACACAGAGUGUCCUGCUGUCACACCGUGCCACGUGCCACCCCCGCGCCGAGGAGCUGCAGGGCCACCGCUGGGCCACCUUCACCCGUGAGGAGAUCUGCGCCUACCAGAGCCAGCCCAUGGCGGAGAUGUGGCAGCGCUGUGCCCGCCGUGUCACCGAGGCCAUCGAGCGCGUGGUGGAGUUCGCCAAGCGCCUGCCCGGCUUCCUGGAGCUCAGCCAGCACGACCAGAUCGUCCUGCUCAAGGCGGGUGCCAUGGAGGUUGUCCUGCUCCGGAUGUCGCGCGUCUUCAACGCCGCCACCGGCUCCGUCCUGUUCGAGGGCAAACUGGCCGGGCCCGAGCUCUUCCGCUCGCUGGGGUGUCCCGAGCUCGUCGCGUCCGUCUUCGAGUUGGCGCAGAGCCUGAGCGCGCUGCGCUGCUCCGAGAGCGAGCUGGGACUGCUGAGCGCGCUGCUGCUCCUCAACGCCGGCCGGCCGUGGCUGCAGGACAGGCCGAGGGUGGCCCGGCUCCAGGGACAUCUGGAUGUCGCCUUCCGGCUCCUGCUGCGCCGGACCCGCCGCGAGGGGCUCCUGGCCAGGCUGCCCGCCCCGGCCCGGUUCCGCGCUCUGUGCUCGCAGCACCUGGAGCAGCUCCGGGCGUUCCGCCGCCUCCACCCCGGGCCGGUCUCCGCCGCCUUCCCCCCGCUCUACCGGGAGCUCUUCGCCCCCGACCCCGCCGAGGGCCCCGCGGGGACCCGCUGAGCGCGGCCCGGGGAGCACCGGGAUCACCGGGAGCUCCGGGAUCACCGGGAGCUCCGGGAGCACCGGGAGCACCGGGAUCAACGGGAGCACCGGGAUCAACGGGAGCACCGGGAGCA